AUGAGAAUAGGAAAAGGCGCAAUCGAAAGGAAGAGCGGCCUAGAAAGAAAAAUUAUAGGAUUUUUGUUUUUAGUUGGGAUAAGCGCAUUUUGGCUUAUAUUUUUAACUCCACUACUGGGCUCAAUCAUAUUCCUUACAGGUAUAAAGCACAAUCUUAAUAAUCUUAAGAUAUCUAAUGCAGAUUUGACAGAUUCUGAUAUGAUAAAACUAUCGGUGAGUUAUCUACCAGGUUUACCGUACUUUAGUAUAACAGCAAAGGAUAUUAUGAUAGGGCUGGGCACUUCAAGAAAUGAAAAUCCAAUGGGGUAUUUAUAUAGCGAAGAGAUUAUGAUUGUGAACAAUCCAAUGAACAAAAUAGAUAUUUCAAUGAGGUAUGUUAUACCAGAGAAGAUGUGCGAGAUAAGUGAAAAGUUUUUAUUAAAAGUGGAAAACCACAUGCUAUUUACCUUUAAAGGAACUAUCUUUUUAAAGCUAAAGAACAAUUUACCUGGUAUAAGUAUACCAGUGGUAUUUCCGUAUACACUUGGGUGGUGUAUAGGUAAAAAUAGCAUGAGUAUAGGUAUAAACAAAAGUGCACGAAAGCUAGUGGAUACACUACCUAAGAGCAGUGAGGAAGUGAACGGCGAUAAUGAGAAUGGCAUAAAUAUGAAGCCAAGCAAGAGACCAACCUUACCUAUAGAACUUAAGGGAUACACAUUAAAAGAGAAAAAUCGUAUUACAACACUUAAAGCCAAUUACAAGUACAAGAAUAUACCAAGCUUUUUAUCCAUAAAUAUUCCGGACACUAUAAUGAGUUUUUAUAUAGACAAAAAAAGAGUAGGCACAAUAAAAAUAGAUGAGCAUAAAAUACGAAAUGGAGUGAUUUUAGAGAGGAAAAAUACGACACAUACGAACACAUUGCUAGGAGUGAAAAAUAAGAGCAUGAAAGAGGACUCCAAUCAGGUUGAAACAUUGAAUGCCUCAUCUGGAAAAGAGAAGAUAGAGUCUAUAAACACAGUAAGCAACAUAGCAACAUUCACACUUUCACUCUCAUCUAACAACAUUUGUAAUUUGCGCAGUGCAAUAGAGGCGUAUCUGGAUAAAACCCCAAUUGUAUUUACUUUUAGCCUUAAUAAUGCCAACAGAUACCAUUCAAUGCCGUAUGCGUUCCAUCAUAGGAUAAUCAGGCAGAUUAGUAAGGUAUAUAUAAACAGAAUAGUUCCAGGAAAGAAAACUGUGCUACCAAUAGUUUCCAGCCCUCUCUUUGAAGGAAAGAUAGAAAGGAUAAAGAACAAUGGAAUCCACUGUAAGUUGAUAUUUAAUGAAAUAUUAUUCCCAUACGAAGGAAUGAUAGAGAGUCUUAACACUGGAGAAAUCUUUAGCACGAAUCUUAAUAUGCUAGUAAAUGAUGAAAUAGUAAUUGUAGGAACAGGCUCUCACUAUACUGCCUUAGACAAAAUGCGCACGCCAGAAUACUACAAAAAGUUCUUUGUGGUGGAGGCCACGCUUUCUUUCCCAAGUGACUUCUCAGAGCUUUCUUAUAUUUUCAAAAAAACAGAUCCAUAUAUUUCCUCUGCACUGCAAAAAUGUGAAAUAUCCAUAGGGAGUUGCCCUACCUCAAGCAUGGAUAAAAUGUUUAGUAAGUUUGGGCUAAGGUGGAAAGUAGGCCAGGGAAUUAGUGUUGGAUACAAAUGGAUUACUCCUUCUCCAUCGACUGUGGAGUAUCCUAAGCAUUAUACAACAUACAGAAUGUCUCUUCUACUGUGCGAGGAAACUAAUCAAAUUAGUAUGGGGAAGUUUUUAGAUCAGAAGCCAUUUUUAUUAUUCUGUAGCCCUGCUGAAGGACUAAAGUCAACAGAAGUUACUAAGAAUGGGGGGCUGCACCCAUUUGCAAUACACAGUGUUGAGUGCAUGGAGAGAAAAGAGCAAGAGAAUUAUAUAAGGAUUGGAUGGGAAGGCAUUGAUGCGGUUCUUAUGAAGCACAACAUAGGUUUUACUCUAAGGGCGAAUAGAUCAUAUAUUGAUGUGCUUGCAAGUCCAGCAAGUGAUGAGUGGAGCAUUCGUAGCAGUAUAACAACUGUUAUCCAGCUAUUUGUAAAUACAUAUGACAAUGGGCCAGAAAGAACAGAAAAGUUUUCUUUGAUUCGAAUAGCUAAUUAUGAAAAUGAUUCAGAUGAGUAUAAGCUGAGCCCUAUUCAUUUAGCUUUACAUAAUCCACAUAAAAGAAAUGAGAAGGCUAGAAAUGCUCACAUUAUAAAAAACAUUGAUGCUAUUAUAAAUAAUGUAAUUAAAAACCUAUUCACGACAUGGGAGCCAGCAGUAGAGUUCUUAAAAUACAAAGAAAGGGAAGCAAAUACAGAAGACAUGUAUCCUAAAGACUGGCUGAGUGAGCCAAAGAUAUCUAGGAUACUAUUCCACUUGAAAGAGAUGCCGAUAUCCAAUAAGCCAGCAGAUAGCUCCAAAGAAUCUGCAAUUGUUUUCUCCCUGUGGGUUCCUUCUACAGGUGUUGUACUACGCAGAGACAACUCUAUAGAGGCGGAGCAUAUUAUAUCUGUUGAUCCAAUCGAAGUGUGCCUAGUUUAUCGUACAAAAACCAAUAACACUAUUAGAAUAGGAAAGUACCACGAUAGAGAGGGGAGCAUGGAUGAUAGUAUAUGCAUUAAAAAUACUUUUUGGAAGAGUACAAUUCCAGAAAGGCUGACACUUGGGGUGCACGGAAUCAAUGGGUACUUUAACCCAUUCAAUGAAAAUUUACGUCUGUUAUUUAAAAUAGUUAUGUGUGUAGUUUUAGGAAAUGACCCAUCAGACCCAUUCCCAUCAAAGGAAAAUGAGGAGCAGCACUAUAAGAACAGCCUGAACCCAAACAAAAAACUUGCCGUGGAACUUAAUGCAGAUGGAAGUAAUCCAGAUUACAUAUUUUUGUCUUCUAUUCUUUCAUAUGGAAAUAAGUUUAUGAACUUGGGUCCAAGCAAUUUAGCUAUUGAGAGUAAAAAUGGGAUCGCAUCGGUUUCUAACGUCUACAUCAAAAUGAUACAACAGGACGAUAUGUUUAUAUUCUUCACAAUUGAUUUUAUAAAGAUGUGCAUAUCAAAAGAGCCAUUCAGGUUGCAUGGGGAACUGUCUUUGAAGAUAUACCAUGCGAUGUUUAAUUAUUUAAUGGAUAACCAGAAUCCAGGUCCACUAGUUUUCGAAAUGGGCUGUAUUGAUAAAGACAAACAGGAAAAAAAAUUUUUAGUUUGCCAGAUGUACACAUAUUCAGAAUGA